AUGGAUAAGCAGCCGACCAGCACGCAUUUUAUGUGUAAAAUAUGUAAUGAUACUUCCAUUCAUCAUCACCGAUCUUCAUCACUUGAUUACUCAUUUGAUCCUUACUCUACUGAAGCCAAAUCAAGACACCAUCGCUCUUGUUCCCUCUGCCGGGAUGUACCAAAGCACGCUGAUGAACCGAGAAUCGAUGGACAUUAUUCUAGACAUAAGUAUGAUCGAAACCCAGUAGAGUACUCCAUUCAAGAAAAAACGAAAAAACAAACCAGUUAUUCAGACGCAUUGCCCGAAUACCUUUAUCCACGCAUAGGAUCACCAUAUGAAAUGCAAGAAUUCGUGCACAGACCGACAUCAUCAAAAUAUAUAUAUACUAGGAGAGCAGAGAGUUUUCCCUACGAACACGAAAGAGUAACUCUUGGUCAAUACAUUAUUCUCGAGAAGAACUAUAAACAUCUGACAAAAGACGUUCAGCACCUUGCGCAGCAGCUGAAAAGUCUCAAACACCAUGACAUUGAACUCUUGAACGAGUUUGAAAAACACAGUAACUAUCUGGACAAGAAGUAUACAGAAGUAGAAAUACAGCUUCAGAACCUUCAGCAACAUGGUCAUGAUGCCAACGCAGCGAAUGAAAAACUCGAAACACAGGUUAAUGACUUUGAUCAACGCUGCAACCAACUCGAUAUCAUAACUCGAGAUCUUAAAAAUCAGAAUAACAAUUUGGAGCAACAUAACACUCAAAUAGACACAAAGAGUCGAGAACUUGAAAUGCAACUCAACGACCUCCUUCAACGGUACAACAAAAUGGAGAAAACCAAUCAAGAUCUAGAAGGACAGAAAAAUAAUUUUGAGCAAUUUUGUCAUCGAACGAUGACCAAGACUCGUGAGCUUGAAAUACAAGUUAAUCAUCUUUUGCAACGAUGCAACCUAGUGGACAAUAAAAAUCGAGAACUCGAAACGCAGAAUAACAAAUUUGAACAACGUUGCCAUCAAUUAGAGACCAAUAAUCGACAGCUGGAAGUGCACAUUAAUGAGCUUCAACAGGGCUAUCAUAAAGUGGACAACGCCAAUCGGCAGUUGGAAACGCAGAACCAUGAAUUUGACAAGCGCUGUCGCCAGACGGAGAUCAUCCAUCAACAAUUCGGAACACAGAUUACCAGUUUAGAACAACGUUGUAACCAAACUGACACAAAAAACCGUGACCUGGAAACACAGAUAAACGAGGUUCAUCAAAACUGCAACAAAGUGGAUAAUGGGAAUCGCGAACUAGAAGUGCAAAGUCAAAACUUUGAACAACGUUUUCAUCAAAUUGAAACUACGAAUCGACAGUUUGCACUGCAGAUGAAUGAUUUUCAGCAGCACUACAAUGAACACCAUAUAAAAAAUAAAGAACUUGAAAUGGAGAUCAACAAUCUUCAACAACGAUCUCAGCAAAUGACUACGACUAAUCGAGAAAUUGAAACGAAGAAUAGUAACUUUGACCAACGAUGUCACCUAGUCGAAAUCACGAAUCAAAAGUUGGAAACACAGAAUCAAAGUCUUGACCAACGAUGUCAUCAAAUGGAGAAUACCAAUCGCCAGCUUGUAGCACGAGUCAAUGAUCUUGAGCAAACUCACAGCCAUGCUGGUAUCAAGAAUCGACAGUUUGAAACACAGAUUAGCGAUCUACAGCAACAUUCCAAUGAAAUGGACAAAAACAAUCGAGAACUAGAAGCAAAGAAUAAGAACUUUGAGCAACGUUGUCAUCUAGUGGAGAUCAUAAAUCAAAAGCUUGAAACACAGAAUAAGAACUUAGAACAACGUUGUCAUGAACUGGAGACAAUGAAUCGACAGUUUGGUGUGCGUGUUAACGACAUUGAGCUAAGUCAGAAACACGCUAACAUGAAAAAUCAAGAGCUUGAAAAUCAGAAUCGUAGCUUUGAGCAACGUCAUCAUGAGGUGGAUACCGUGAAUCAACAGCUUGGUGUACAGAUUAAUGAUCUUCAACAAUGCUGCAAGAAAAUCGAGGAGAAAUAUUUAGAACUAGAAGUGCUAAAUGGGAAAUUCGAGCAACGCUGUCAUCUAGUAGAAACCAUGAAUCAAGACCUUCAAGGACAGAAUAAAAACUUUGAGCGACAUUCCCAUCUAAUUCAGACCACUUGUCAAGAGUUCAGAGUACACUUUAAUGACUUUGAGCAACGCUGGGAUAAAGUAGACAAGAAGAAUCGAGAGUUAGAAACACAAUAUAACGGCCUGGAGCAACGUUGUCAUCAGGUGGAAAUCAUGAAUAGAGAGCUUCGAGUAGAUAUUAACGAAUUUGAGGAAAGGUGCAACCAAAUGAACACGAAGGAUCGAGAGCUUGAGAUACACAUCGGAGAUCUUCGGGAAUGCUUCAACAAAGUGGACAGCAAGAGUCGAGAAUUAGAAGUUCUCAACAACAACUUCGAUCAACGCUGCCAUCAAGUGGAGACAACGAAUAGGCAAUUGGGAGUACACAUCAACGAUUUUGAACAACGUUGCAGUCAUCUGGACACGAAGACACGAAUGCUCGAAACGCAAAAUAACGAUUUUGAGCAACGUUGUCAUCAAGUAGAGACCAUAAAUCAACAGCUAGCAGCGCAGAUUAACGAUGUCCAACAACGCUACAACCAAACGGAUAUGAAGAAUCGAGAGAUUGAAACGGAGGUUAGUAGCCUUCAGCAACGCUGUAGCAAAGUGGAGAAAAAGAAUCGAACGCUCGAAACGCAGUGUAACAAUUUUGAGCAACGGUGUCAUCAAGUUGAAACCACGGAACGGCAGCUGGACGCUCAUAUUAACGAACUGGAGCAAUCCUGUAACCAUAUAGUCACAAAAAGUCGAGAGUUAGAAAUACAAAAUGAAAAAAUUGAGACACGCUUUAUUCAAGUUGAAACGAUAAAUGGACAGCAUGUUACUCACAUCAGUGAUCUGGAGCAAAAUCUCAGCCAAGUGGAAUCGAAGAAUCAAGAGCUUGAAACGCAGAUUAACGAUCUACAAUUGAGUUGUAACAAAGUUGAGAAGAAGUAUCGAGAACUUGAAACACAGAAUCACAACGUUGAGAAAUGCUGUCAUCAAACAGAAACCAUGAGGACACAGCUUGGUGCGCAUAUCAGCGAUUUCGAGCAACGAUGCAACCAUAUGGACACCAAGACCCGUGAGAUUCAAGUGGAUGUUAACGAGUUUCAGCACCGCUGGAACAAGAUGGAAAAGAAGAGUCGAGAGUUAGAAACGUUGACGAAUAAUUUUGCUGAACACUGUCGCCAAGCUGAGACGGUGUAUCGAGAACUUAAACUGCAUGUUAAUUAUAUCGAGCACCGUUGCAACAAAGUUCACAACAUGAAUCGAGAACUGGAAAUACACACUAACAAUUUGAUCAAUGGUGCAUGCUAG